ACACGUCUUCUCAUCUUUUGUGAUACCAGAAUUCUUUCCGUUUUUCAUUUGCGUAAGAAAGAAAGAAAGAAAGGUGAAUGCUGACAAGAAACAAUUGGUUGACCGCACUGCGAGCUUGGAAGGAUGUGAUGUUAGAACGCUAAAAUAGGUCCAGGGACUUCACCAUGCGUUACACACUCAUGAUCCAGGAAGGUUACCUAAAUGAUAUUUAUAUUAUUAACAGAUGGUUGACAGAUAUAUAUACCAGUGUACCGCGUACGCCAGAACCAUCACACACCAGUUGGUAAGAUAAUUUACGGACAAUCAAUUGAGUACAAACGACCUUGAAAGACGAUACAGAGCAGAACUAAAGAGAACUAAACAUAUCUUGUAUCACUAGUCAGACAUUGGGAGCCAAGAAUGUGUGGUACUUCCAUCACCAUCAACGCAUUGGUUUGCUUCUUCAUCAUCAGAGGAGCGGUGAGUACCGUAACAACUCACAAUCAAAAUGGCUGCCACAACUCUGAUGUCAUACUGACCUGCCCACAAUACGCACUGGGCCAACCAGGCAAUUUAGUGUGGCGGUUUAAGGACAAAACCACCGGCGUAUGGUCACGAGUAGCCAGCAUUAGGAAUGGUCAAACAACGUUAAACUCCGCCAACACAGCAUUGGAUGGGAGAUCAGCCAUUCAUCCCAAUGGAUCCUUGGAAAUUCACUCUCUUCGACCUGAUGACGAGACAAUGUACCAGUGUAUAGUGAGACAGGGUUCUCGAAAACUGCAUGUUAUUAACCUUAAUGUUAGCUGUGGCAAAGUCACUGUGAUCAAACGCGAAGUCUGUAUAGAAGAAGAUGUUGUUCUCAGUUGUGACGCAUGGCACAGAACAAACCCGAGAAAGCUGCAUCAAGUCAAAUGGCACGAGAAGAACACCUCAGGGAACGAUGUGUCCUGGUCGUUACUCGUAGCUUCCAGUGGUUCUAAUGUAACUGUUGGUAAUGGAUUAAAGCUCCAUGGCAACGGGUCUUUGUUUCUGCCAGCAGGACGGAAUGAAAGUGACGUCAUCUACAAGUGUGACGUCACUAAGAAUGAUGUUGCAAGUCGAUUGGACAGACACAUUAUCGUGGUGAAGAAUGUCAAGUGCCAAAGAGAAAAACAAUUAAAAGGUACAAUAAAAACAACAACGGGUCGUGUUGCUCUGACGACAGUCAAUCCAAAUAGAGGAAUCAAUGUUGCUAUGGCGACCGGAAUUCCUAAAUCUCAAGUCUGUGGAGGUGUUCUGAACAAUCCUGUCGGUACAUUCCAAUCACCAAAUUUCCCAAGUGCAUAUCCUGCAAACUCUCAUUGUAAAUGGACCAUCAGUCUUCCCCCGUACUACGCUGCCAUCAAUCUUACUCUCAACCAGGUCAACUUGGAAGACAAAGUCGACUGUUUAAAUGACAACAUUGCAGUCUAUGAUGACCUUGCUAUCCAAGUCGGAUGUCGUGUUUGCGGGAAUCAUAUUUCUCCACUACGAGUCCAAGUUAGGGGGAGAGUUGCAGUAAUCGUAUUCAGAUCUAACGGUUCUGUCCAGAAAACGGGGUUCCAAGCCAGCUACAACGGUGCACUGAAUGCCGGGAAAUUUGACCCAUAAGACAAUGGGAGCUCAAAUUCAAAAAAGACGUAAAGGAAACUUCUUAGAAGAAUGCAAACUAAAAAAAUUCGAACGAAUAUUUAAAUUUGUCUAAAAGCCUGCAUAAUGUUUUUGCUAUGCAAAAAAAAAAUGUAAACGUAAAUAUUUAUACGUGUAUUUAUUUGCCAUAUGCCUAGGCAAUAAAACCGGAUUUAUAUAGCGGUCGUGCCAUAGUGAAACUGUAGUCCAUCUGCCGCAUAUAAGAAAAUAAAUAUUAAAAAUCAUAAUAAAGUCA